AUGCUCGAUGGCGAUUUGGAGCAAAGCGAGGACAUUGAGCAUUCACGAGGUCAGAUCCUGUGUAUGACAAUGAUUUCGCGAGUUUAUUCCGGUGGGCUUUUCUUUGCAAUGCCGCUCCGUUCCGGCCGUGCCAAGGAGGAGCUUGGCAAAAUGAUGGGCUUCCUCAUCAAUAUGCUGGUCUUCUGCAAGAUGGUAUCGGUUCGAUGCAUUUAUGUGCUGCCCUACGACCUGUGGGAUAGCUUCCGCAAGCACCCUCGGACUGAGGAGGUCUGGGAGCCCCUUGAGUUGACGAAGGAGAUUGUGACGAUGGCCGCCUUCGGUAGCCGUGCCCAGAACCCGAUGGUGCUUGUUGGCCAUGAUCGCUUCGUCAUCAGCUGCAUGCGGUACAUGUCGGCCCAGAUGCUACCGUUCCGAAGCUUGAGCACCAGGCGAUUGGGCGGCUUCCGCCUCGGGGAUCGCAAGGUCGAGAAUGGCUUCCCCGGCACCUUUAUCUACGCCUUGGUGGAUGUGGUGAUGCUCCGGUACCGCCGCGAUUGGGAGGACUUUUCUCCCAGGAACCUGGGGCGACUUUUGGACCGGCUGGCCCACAACCUGAUGGCUCAGGAUUUGGACGAGGUGCUGGUAGUCAACACUCGACGAAAUUAUGGUGCUAUGUUCCCGAAGACGAGAAUGUUCGACGUCGAGUUCCAGGUGGCUGCUCCUCCUGUGGUGUUGACCACUGAUGGGGACCGAUGUUCCGGGUGCCCCACGUCUGGCGAUUUGCAAUCGAAGAGCUAUUUGGGCAUCAUUGGCUUUGCCAUCAUGACUAUUCAGCUAUUCCAAUCGACACUCUCCACGAAGAGCCUUGGCUCAGCAGCGGAGGAGCCCCAGGAGCCGAACAGUGCCCGCAUGUUCCUCAUGGAGACAGCGAAGAG